AUGGCUCAGCCGAUCAAAAACGUUAUGGUGAUGGGUGCCGGAGGGCUCUUCGGCACGCAGGUUUUCGCAGCGCUUUCCCUUGAAUCUUCCUUUACCCUCUCUAUCUUGACCCGCAAAUCCUCCAAGUCUACCUUCCCUGCGCAGUACAAGGUCUUCCAAGUGGACGAUGACUACCCCCUGGGCCAGCUCCUCGAGGCCUUUCAAGGCCAGGAUGCGCUGGUAUCUACGCUUCCUGGGCGCCCUUACUCCGUCCACCUUCGAAUGAUUGACGCCGCUGUCCAAGCCGGCGUUAAGCGAUACAUUCCCACCGAGUACGGCAAUAACACCUGCAUCGCCGCCGCAGAGCUCGUCAGCCUUUACGGUGACAAGGCCAAGGUUGUUGAGUAUCUCAAAAGCAAGGAAGAAACCGGCCUCAGCUGGACGGCCAUACAUACUGGACAGUUCUUUGACUGGAGCCUGGAGGAUGGAUGGCUCGAUUUCCACCUGAAGCAGCAGCGUGUGGUUAUCUACGACUCGGGCAGCAAGCCCUGGUCAACCACCACCAUCGGCACGGCCGCUGCUUCUGUAGUGAAGGUGCUUCUGAAGCCCGAGGAGACUAAGAACAAGCCCAUUUUCGUGGCCUCGUUCACUGUCUCGCAACGCCAGGUCCUGGAAGAACUCGAGAAAGCUACCGGUUCCAAGUGGGAGGUGCGGAAGAUGUCUUCGGCAGAAGCAUUGAAGAAGGCGGCGGAUAUGGACAACGAGGACUACUCGGAGGGUUUGAAGCUACUCAUUUUAAUGCUGCUCUACGCGGACGAUGUGGACAGGGGAGCAGAUUUUGAAAAGAACGGCCUACUGUGCAACAAGAUGCUUGGACUGCCGGCUGAGAACCUGGCCGAGGUUGUUGGACAAGUUGUGAAGCGACAGGCUGCUUGA